AUGCCCCGACCUGGGAUUGAACACGACGCAGAGAAUCGCUCAUCGACGUCAAGACGAAAAGACAUUCGCGUGACCGGCUUCCCGGCCAUAUCCCGCUGGCGUCGGGUACCGGCGACGCCUUCCUCACUUGCCGUUUGCGUGUGUGUCGCGCGACGCGCGGACGGGCUGGCGACUGCGAACUGCGACUGCGCAAACGUCGCCAACCCUCGCAUCUACGAGGACAGACAGAGAAGGGCCGGGCAGUGCGCAGGGUGUACGGCCAAUCGGGCGGUCGGCCACAGGCCACGCUCUUGUCCUUCCUCCAUUCCCCAAUUGUGCUCGUCCUCUUUCCCCAUAUUCUAUUCCCCUAUUGCCAAUUCCGCACCCAGCUAUAUUCGUUGUACUUGCCUUUCUUCUCGGGAAGGGGCAGGAUACUUGUACACCAUGUACUCAUGUUCUGACACCGGACGGAGCUGGGAUGGAUACGCCGGCGCCCGGGGGAUGGAUCAUGGCGGAGAAGACAGAGGGAGCUAG